AUGCCGGCAUUUGAACACAACUUCAGUACAUUCAUAGACCACUAUAUCCUGCUGCUGGCGGCACGCUUCGAUGCACCGCUGGACGCAGCCGCCCUCUGCUGCGGCGAUGACGCCGAGCCGUGGGAGCAGGUGGCGAUGUGCGUGCGGGAUAUGCUCGCCCGCCCAGUGACGGCGGCGGAAAAGCGCGAAGUGGCACACGUUGACGCUAGCUUCUUCGAUGCAGGUGUUUGUCGGGGACGCGCCCUCUACUUCAAAUGGCGUUUGCAAGAGGAGGCUGCAGCUGCUACUGCUGUUGCUUCCCCACAUACUUCAGCAAAGGCGAGCACAGGGGCGCAGAAGGUAAAGAACGGUGCAUCUGCUGCCACUACUGCUGCCGUCAGUGCCGUUGCGACUGUUCCUUCUAACUUUGACAUCACGCGACAGUCGCUGGCAAAUGAGGUCCAGGAGAUUUACGCUGCUGUUCGCGCAAGUCUCCCUAGCACACUUGGCCUACAGCAGCACGGCGACACGUGCGGUAACGACGACACCAACGAGGCAGAUGAAGACGAUAACGACGUGGUAGACACCGUAGACUUUGCUUUCCGCACUGAAGAAGAAGAGGAACGAGACCGUGUUGUUGCUGACGCACGUGAUGCCUUCUUGACAAAGAUACAGACAAUGCAAACAGAGUUCUUUUUGAAGCACAAGCGGUGGGUGGAUGUUCCGUUCGACAUCGCGGACGACGCUUCUGCUGCAAGAGAAGAGCACCGCCAAAGGUCGAGGCUGGCCGAUGCAGUGGAUAGCAACGCCAACGCACUGUCCAAGUCGGCGAUGCGAGAGGCGUUACAUGCCGCCACCCCACAGGCAACCACGCCCAUGGCGACCGAAAAAAAGGUAACUGCAUCAGCAGCAGCGACAGCAUCCACUGCAGACUGUGUCGCUCCGCCGCCAACCAACAUCCUCGAAGCGUUGAAGUGGGGUGUUCACGUUGACCGCCCGCCACGACCUUCACAGAUGCGCGAAGAAGACUACCAGACGGAGUACGGUGACGUUGUGUUGCACCACUCCAGUGCGGGUGGCAUUGGCGCUGAGGUUGACGUUGGCAUUUACAAGGGCAUGAUGAAAUCUGGUGUGCCUCGAUUGCCGCAACAAGAAGAAGAACAACAAGAACCCACACGGCAGCAGCAACAGCAGCAGCAACAGCAGCAGCCACAGCAGCCGCAGCAGCCGCAGCAAAGGUCGUUGUUGAAUGACGGAUUAGACAAUGGUGUGCCGUUAUUACCAGCACGGACAAAUCGGUGGAGCGUGCUUGAGUAUGACGGGGACAGUGACGAGGAUGCAGACAAUUUUGACUAA